AUGGGCAACUUCCUCGUCUCGACUGUCUGUCACGCGCACAGCCGCUCGGAGGCGGCGUACGCCAUCGUCAAGGCGCAGGUGAGCGCGUUGCGCGCGUCUCCGCUGCAGCGACGAUGUGCCGCCCAACAGGCGGCUCUUGUGCGCGCGCUGGCGUCCAAGAUGGCGGUCACGGCCACGGCCACGAGCGAUUGGGCGGCAGCUGCUGCGGACCAAGCGGGGAAGGUGCUCGUCACGUUCCUCGUGCUCGCUGCGCAGAAGCUCCUGGCGAGCACGAGGCCGUCGCUGGCGCUGCAUCACAGCGACGAGGACGACGUCCUGGACGAGUUCAACGCGGUGUUUGAGACGACGCGAGCGCAGCGUGACAGCAGCAAGUGCCGAACGGAGCUGAUACGCGGGAUGUCGGAGACUGGAGAGAAGGCGGUGCGUGAUCAUCGCCAGAACAAGAGAAGGGACGACACGAGGAUGAUCCAGUCGAGCGAUCUGGACGACGAGUUCGUGCUGCUGCCAGAGAUGGAAGAGGACCGAGGGUUUUAUGUGGCUGGUCUUGAUGGCAACGAGGCAGAGCAGUACGAUGAUGAUGAUGAUGAUGGUUGUCCGACGGAAGGGGAACGGCUGCUGCAGCUCGCUUCGAGCAUCGCCACGACGUCGUUGCACGUCGAGCGGUUUCUUCUUGACGGGCAUUCAGAGAAAGCUGAAGCUGUUGCGAAGGAUGUCGACGAGUUGGCUGCAGCGGCCAGUGAGAGUGAAAAGAAGAGCAUCGUGCGCGUGCUGUUGGCGUACUGCGCGUACAGCAGAGACUGGAAUUACUCCAGCGACAUGGUCGUGACAGCGAGCGAGUACCUCCGCGUGUGGCAGGGAGACGAAGACCGCGCUUUCAAGUCACUUGCGGUGCUGUGCAACGACGUCCCGCGUUUGUGUGCCGCCUUCGAGUGA